AUGGGGGGAAACUUAUCACAACCCACUUCCAGCUCCCACGACGACGAUGAGCAGUACUACGAUGACCCCGCGGAGCCGACCCGCAUCGUCCGCGCGAUGCUCUUCCACCUAGGCCUGCCCACCGAGCUCGUCCUUGACAUCAUGGACCUCGCCGAUUACCACCCGCGCAUCGGCGACGGGAACGGCCCGCUCGACCCGCCCUUCGCUCUCCCCGCUAACAAAUUCGAUCCCUCCGACUACUGCUCCGCGUGCGCCAUCCUCCAGUCUCCUCCCAUCCCCGGAUCGCGUGAAGACGAGAACUGGCGGAUGUUGAGGGUCGCGUGGACCAUCGAAGGACGGGAUCAGGGAUGGGGCGGGACCACCCGGGUGCCGACUGCAGGGACUUUUGACGGCGCGUGGUCGUGGUACGAGGCCUGCAUCCUGCGUCCUACUGGACACUCUCUCGACGAAGCAUCCAGACUCGACGCCGCUCUGGACCUGCACGAGUGGCUCCACGAGCACCCCCUCCAUCGCACCACAGAGGACGUUCAGAAGGCCCUCCGGGACGACCGAGUUGGAUGGGAGCUCGUGCCGAACUCCUCGGGCGGCGUCACCUGGCGGGUGCAGAACAACCGUGUUGCGAAAGGUGGAUUUUCGCGGUACACCUUCGAGUGGCUUCCCGGCAAAACGCUGGACCCUGGAGUGGUGGAUGCGGAAGGGCACGGAGGCGGUGGAGGUUUCGUCGACGCGCUACGCCCCGGAGAUGUCGUUGUCCUCUGGAUGAGGGCCAUGUUCCCGGGAUGGGCGAAUCAUUUGAAGGAGGCGGAUGUCGAGAUCGUUUACGACGUGCGAUAG